AUGGCUGUCCACAACAACGUGUUUCGGGGCCCACAAUCGGUUGGCCAAUAUUUCAAUCCAGAUUUCCAUCUUCCAUUGCCCUUGGUCGAGAUACCAGAUCGUCUCAACCCAUACCAAAAAGACAAAGUCCGUAUAUACGCAAAGAUGAUGACCUGCCUACCAGCGCAAAAUGUUAAGUCAUUACCUGCUUUGCAAAUGCUUCGCGACGAACCAAGAGCAGCAACACGAAAAAUUGCAGAAGCAAGUUCUGGAUCUACUAUUCUGUCUUUGGGCAUUAUCGCCAGAGUUCUAUGGGGAAAUGAAGAUGUCGAGGCGCACGUUACUAAUAAAAAGUCCCGAGAGUCUUUAAACUUGUUACGCUUCUUCGGCAUAAAACCGUGUCUUUUCUCAGGACUAGCACAACAAGAGCCCACUGAUCCGGCAGGGAUUAUGGCAAGAUUAAGGAGAAAAGCAGCCACAAGCGAUGACAUGGUGUACUUGGGUCAGUAUGACAAUGAGAAAAACUGGAAAUCACAUGCGACUUGGACUGGUCCCCAGAUACUCCAGCAAUUACCCGAGAUCAAUUUGUUCAGCACGACGGUGGGGACAGGAGGUUGCAUCACUGGGACUGGAGUGGCUUUGAAGUCUGGUAAACCAUCAAUAAGAGUUCUAGGCGUCUUCAACAUUGCAGGUGAUCCAGUUCCAGGUCCAAGGUACUACGAAGGAUUCCAAAGCUCCCCGUUUCCUUGGCAGCAAGCAAUUGAUGCGCGCGUGGAAGUAUCGUCGGUCGAAUCCUAUCGCAUGUCAAUGAAACUCUCGCGGGAGGGUUUGAUAUGUGGCCCGUCUUCAGGAGAAGCACUACAGGGUCUGCUGCAGUAUCUUGAUGACUUGAAGAAAGCCGGAACUUUAGAAGAGCUCGUUGACGAUACAACAGGAGAGAUCUCGUGCGUCUUCACUUGUUCUGAUCUUCCAUACCAGUACUUAUCUGAAUAUUUCGACAGGUUGGGUGCUGAAGAAUUUCCACAUAUUGAGAAUGAGAUAUUGCUGCAGUGCGAUCAGACUAAGCAUGACCCAAGAUGGAUUUUGGAUAGUGCUCAGGCAUUGGAACUGCUCGUCUCGUCGACACUAAUCAUGGACCUGAGAAGCACUUGUGAUUUCCGCGCAAGUCACAUUCUCGACUCUGUCUCGACACCACUUCCCGGCCUUUUUGAAGGACUGGCUGGCGGAGACUUAUUUAGUAACCCUCAAGAAGUCUCUAGGGUAUGGACGAGUAUGCGAAAAUGGCUGAAAGAACCAGAAGUAUCAUGGCUGCUUACAGAAGUAAGGUAUGGUAAGAAGAAGGUAUUGAUACUUUGUUAUGAUGGAUUUGCAUCACAGUUGGUCGGCUCUGCUUUACGUUACCAGGAUGUCGAAGCGUUUCCGGUCAGGGGCGGCUUCAUAGCGCUAUAUGAACAGAUAGAACAAAUCUCUUAG